UAUAUUCAAAUCAAGCAGCAACGGUGGGAAUAUUCAAGUCUAUUGGCCAACAUGAGGAAGCAUUGCAUCAAUUGGAUUUGGCUGCUGUUGCUGCUAAAGCUGAUUUUGAUCAGGGGCGAACAGCAGGCAGAGGAUCACAGAAUCCAGCGACGUUUUAUGUGGCAAGAGAUGAACAACUCCGUGAUGGGUGGCGUGUUGGGACGAAUGUUCAAUGGAGCCAGGGCGAUGAAGUCUAUGUUCACUGAUCUCAUGCCAAGCACGGCGGGAUAUAGCCAAAAGUCCAACGUGGAUUUUCUGCCCACAGAGAUGACGCGGGUGAAGUACAUUAUCCGCAAUCCCCAUAACAACAAGCCCAUGAAGAUCAUCAAGAUGAGGCCGUCACCCAAGAAGGUGGUUAAACUCAGGAGACCCAUACCAAAACCCACUGUCACCGAAUCCACGGUGAUGAUUGCUCACUCGAUACAUGGUGAUCAUCGAAUGAGGCAGUUGGAAAAGGAGCAGGAACUCAUAGCCGAGGGCAAGGCACCCAUGACCAGCGAUGAGGCCAUAAUGGAGAAGUACUUCAAGAAGCGACCACGAGGUGGAUCCUCCAACGAAGUGAUAUCUGGCAAGAUCAUGGAGUACCAGAGCUGGAAACCCGUUUACAAGGCGGGCGAAACGCCCUCAUCUUUUGUGACCCUAAGACCACAGGCCCUAACCCAUCUGCACACCGAUAUAUCCAGUGGAGGUGAAGAUCAUGAAAUGUUGCCAAAACCUGAGAAGUUGGUGAGCUACGAAUAUGAGAGGGAUGAGGAGGAGGAGGCGGAGAACGAGGUGGCCAAGCAAAUGGGUCACCGUUACGAGGUCACCGAGCAUACGGGUGAGGCCAGUGGUGAGGUGGAGACGGUGGAGGCGGUGGCCUCCAUGGAGAGUGGCUUUGUGCCCAGUCAGGGCAUGACUUUCAGGUCUCAGCCACCACCUCCUCCGAGGCCCAGACAUCGUAGUUCUUCCAGUACGACGACCACGACCACCAGUACCACCACAGAGGCACCCAACUAUCCGGCUUCGUUCCUGAAGAAAUUCCGUGAAAGGGAAGCCAGCACCACCACGCGGAGACCACGUAAGCACCACCAUCACAACAAGGAGAUCUAUGUGCUCCGCGAGGACGAGGACAACUCGGUGGGCAGUACCACACCGCCAUCCUUCGCCAUGAGCAGCCUGAGAGCCCGCCUCCAGGAUCAGCAGCGCCACCAUAGGCAGCAGCACAAACAGCAACAGGAGGAGGAGGACGACCUGGAGUCCGCCCUCGUGGACGCCAUGCACGGCGAAAAGUGGCCAUCGGAGGUGGCCCACAGUGGCUUCCAGCUGUCCAGUCCCAUUGGACCCAGUGCCGUGGCCUUCGAGCAGCCACUGGCCAAGGCGCCCAGGGGUCAGUAUAAGCGCCAGACCCGCGAUAGUAUCCGGCAACGGGGAACCGUCAAGUUUGGCGAUAAGCCCAACUACGAUGAGGCCUGAGGAGCGGCUUACCCAGUAAGCAACCAAAGAGCCAAAGGCUGCAGCUAAGCUACACGGGCAAAAAAUAUUAUAUGGUUUUAGAUGCCACUGAAAAAAAAACCGGUGACAUAGGAAACCUCCUUCUCUACAAUGCAAUGAAACUUUUGGCUUUUAUCAAAUCAAACUUUUUAUU